AUGGAAGUGGAAAGGGAAAGCACAAGAGGGCCGAAUUGGCUUGAUCUUCCUAUAGAUUUGACAGCAAACAUCCUUCAUAGGCUUGUCUUUGAUUAUUAUAAUGACGAUAAUACGGUGAAGAUUUGUUGCAAAGCUGUUGAAAGAAGUUGCGAUCAUUUGGAAGACAUCGAUAUUGAGACAUUUGGCAAUGAUGAUCUCCUUGAAUGCAUAGCUAAAAAUGGCAGUCACCUGCAUUCCAUGCGGUUGGUAGAUUGCUAUACUAUUUCAGAUAAACAAUUUAGUGAAGUCGCAAGGAGGUUUCCACAAUUAGAGAAGGUUGACAUUUCACUUUGCUGCAUAACUUCGGUCUCCCUUGAAGUGCUUGGUCGAUCUUGCCCUCUUUUGAAGUCGCUUGAAUUUGGAAAAUCAAAGUCGCUUGUAAAAUCGAGGUUUGUAUAUUGUGAGUCUGAUGAUAGGGUGGCAUUAGUCAUUGCUGAAACAAUGUCUUGUUUAUGUCAUCUUGGUUUGAGUGGACAUGAGUUAACUAAUGUUGGUUUGCAUGCCAUUCUUGUUAAGUGCCCUCUGCUUAAAUCUCUUGACAUUCGUCGAUGA